AUGUCGGACGAGUCAGCCAAUGGACCCUUGGCAGGGUGCUACGGCUCGGCGCGGUUUUUCCUGAUGAGUAUCGCCCUGCACGGUCUAAACGGUCACUCGUUUGAAUCUUGGGAGUGCAAGGAUACUCGAUUCAUAUGGCUUCGAGAUCAUCUUCCAGAGCAAGCGCCAAACGCUCGUGUCAUGGUGUACGGAUAUAACGCGAAGGUUGUCGGUGAUGCAGUAGGGAUGCCACUAGUUCUCCUGGCUCACUCUAUGGGUGGUUUGGUCAUUAAAAAGGCACUCCUACUCGCUAGGGAGUUGGAGGCCGAUGGGCAAUACAAAGCAAUCCUAAAUUCUGUGAGGGGUGUGGUCUUCUUCGGCACUCCACAUCGUGGUGGAAACGGGGUUGACGGCGCCAAGUUCGUUGCGAAUUUUGUGCGAGCUUUCAACGUCGACGUCCGUUAUGACCUUAUCAGCUCACUACGGCCAGCGUCCACGGACCUGUUCGCUCUGGGCAACAGUUUCGGGCGGCUCCUAGCAGACAGGAACCAUAUCAAAAUCGCAACCUUGUACGAGACCAAGAAAACGAGGAUUGGAUGGCCCGUGGUGGGGAAGAGAGUAUGGAUUGUGGAAGAGUUUUGUUCCAAUCAGUCAUUUGGCAUGACUUCUUCAACAACUACUCUAAACGGACCUGUUCCAGCGGCUCAGGGCCUAUACAAUCCCGCCAAUGUUUCUCUAAUAUCAAGCGAAGAUUCAGUGGUACAUAUAGGAUCACCCAGCCUGGAAGGCUCGCUUAUACAGGACACACCACUUCGUCGCCAAUCAACCCGCACACCAUCCUCUCCGAUUCAACUAAUGCCUCCAAGUGGAACAUCCUUCUGGAGCGUUGAAGAUAUCCCGCUUUUCUCUGGGUCGCGGAUAUACGACGAAGACAAGGCAUAUUGGAUGGCGUUGGACUGGGCGUGCGAGUGUUAUGUCUUCACCACCAACCAGACACCCGAUUCGUACAAUUUCGUUAACGGGGGCGGGGCAUUCUACAUUCCAUUCAAACACAGAGGACAAAUUAACUCGACACUCUACCCUUACUACCAGAACUUUAAGCUUCAGAUUGGGACAACGUCCAGCGACACGACACCAAUAACCCAUAUGCCUAGCUACAGUACGGAAAACUCCUCGAAUUAA